AUGCCAGGUCCUCAUGCUACAACUUACGUGCAUGUGUAUGUUACAGGCCGCCGAGCGAGCGCCGACGCCUUACCACAUGUCAGCAUGCGCCUGGUGCUCUUCGCAGCGAAAUGGGCACCAGAACAAAUUGAAGAAUCUAAUCCUCGUCUAGAAGAAAUAGAAGGAAAAGGAGGAGGCGAAAAGAGAAAGAGAGAAAAAAGAAACAAAGAAGAAGAAAAAGAGGAGGAAGAGGCAGAAGAAGAAGAGGCAGAAGCAGAAGAAGUAGAAGAGGCAGAAGAGGCAGAAGACGCAGAAGAAGAAGUAGAAGAGGCAGAAGACGCAGAAGAAGAAGAAGAAGAAGAGGCAGAAGACGCAGAAGAAGAAGAAGAGGAGGAAGAGGCAGAAGAAGAAGAAGAGGCAGAAGGUGCAGAAGAAGAAGAAGAAGAAGAAGAAGAGGAAGAGGCAGAAGAAGAGGAAGUAGAAGUAGAGGCAGAAGAAGAAGAAGAGGCAGAAGAAGAGGAAGUAGAAGUAGAGGCAGAAGAAGAAGAAGAAGAAGAAGUAGAAGCAGAAGAAGCAAAAGGAGAAGAAGUUGGAGAUGAAUAA